GGUAAACUUGCAGUUAGAAGAGAGCCAACCUACAUAUCAUGAAGCUGCUUAUCCAGGGGUUUUUGGCAGUGCUUCUACUGACUUCAGAAACGUUUGCAUCAUUUGAAAUACCUUCAGAUGACAGUGACUUGACAAAAUCAAUAUUGGAGGAGAAUCCUUCUUCAGGAGUUCAGUUCUAUAGUGAUAGCGACAGCGAGGAAGAAACUUCAGUAAAAAGUUACAGUGACACACAAUUAUCAGAUUCAUACGGACAGCCCCCCGCAGAGCCGUACAAUGAGCAUCUAUCAGUCCUUGAUGUCAUAUUAAGAAAAAGACGCACAGAAGCCUCUGUAAAACCAGAAGAGAAGGUGUUGGACUUUCCACGCGCAGACAAUCCCCCAAUAAAGGAUUAUGCUUCUGAAUACAUCUCAAGUAACAAUCCUCCGAGCAUUCAAGGGGGAAACGCAGAAAAGGCUUCAAAAGAGGAAAGACCUCAUUUGAAACCAAUUUUAUUUAAAAUAGAGUCAUCGACCAACCGAGACGAUAGUGUUGCUAAAGAUAAGCAGUUAGAGGAUGAUAAACCAGAGGAGGAAUCGGUCAAAAUAAUCCUCAAUCCCUUGAUUCAAGCUUCUCCAUGAAUCAUUAACAGUAUGAUUUAGUCAUCAUAGUACAUUGAUUGUUAUGUUGUUUUAUUUUAAGUGUUAUUUUUGAA